AUGACAACUAAUAAAAGUGUUAAAGUCGAACAUUUGAUCACUUGUCCGAUUUGUCAUGAGCCAUUCAAAGAUCCACGUAUAUUACCUUGUUCGCACACUUAUUGUCGAGAAUGCAUUAAACAUAUCGCUUCUACGAAUACAGAUCAAUUCGAAUGUCCACUACGAGAUGGUUUCGUCAUAUUGAAAAAAGAUAUCAACUCAUUACCUUUUAAUCAAGAAAUGCGCGAUUUAGUAGAAUUAUAUGGUAAGCAGAAUAAUUUAACAUACUAUGAAAAACAAUCUUGUUCUAUUCAUAUUAAUCUUUCAGCUUUAAUUCAAGAAUUAAAUCGAUGUACUAACUGUCGCUUAGUCAAAGCUCAAUAUGCAUGUGACAAAUGUGAAAAUGAAAAAUUUUGUUCAACAUGUUAUGAAACUGUUCAUGCUCCUCCAGUUAUGCAAAAACAUCAACGUCUUUCUAGUGAUAAUAAAGCAUUAGAAACGAUUCCAUGUGUAACACAUCCGAAAAAGCAAUUAGAAUAUUGGUGUCUCAUGUGCUCGAAACUUAUAUGUGUUGAUUGUCUCUUAUUUCAACAUAAAAAUCACAGUUAUGUUUUAUUCGAUGAUGUUAUGCAAGGAUUCAAAAUCAAGAUAAAUACUGAUUUUCAAAGUAUUCAAUCCUCUUUAAACUAUAAAAUAAAUCAAACAGAAAUAUUAUUAAAUAGAAUUGAUGAUAAUGGUAAAUCUAGUCGACAAAAAAUGACUGAAACUAUAGCAGAAAUGCGUCGAAUUAUUGAUGAACAUGAGAAAGAUAUGUUACAAAAGAUUUUCAAUAUUGAAAAAGAACAGAGAAAACAACUUGAAGAUUAUAAAAAACCAUUAACAAAGGAACUACAACGUCUUAAUAUACACAAGGUGUCUUUUGAAAUGCUUUCAUCAAUUAAAAAUCAUACAAAACUAUUAGAAGCUAAACAAGGAUUUGAUAAUUAUGUGAACGAAACAAAUGAAAAAUUAAAACUUUUACCAAUGCCAACUGUAACUGAAUAUUUUUUAGAAGGAAUCAAUAAAUUUCCAAGUUUAAAGCAAAACAUUCUUCAAUGUGGAAGAUAUAUUGAAGUUCCACCAUAUCAUAAUCUUCAACUUGAAGAACUCAUUACUGACAAUCGAAAAAAACCAGAAUUUGAUUUAAAGCUUAGAAGUUUGACUGAUUCUGACAUGAAGAUUGUGGUUGAUAUGCUACGAAAAAACACGGUACAGAAAUAUUUCUUUAGAAUUGCUACUAUAUCUUGAAUGGUUUGAAAAUUAGAACAAAUACUUAUAUUCGAUGUUUUUGAGUGAUAAGUGUUUUAAAAAUAUGUUUUUUUUUCUCAAGAACAAAGAUCUUAACAAUUCAAACGUAACAAUUGAUAGGUUGUUUUAAUUAGUUUUAUAUAAAUAAACACAGAAGAAUAAGUGUUCACAUUGGAAAUCAUAAUUUUUCGUUUAGGGAUAUGAUAAGAACUUAGUUUGAUAUAUUUAAAAGAGAAAUAAUUCAACUUCACUGAAAUCACAAAAAUGAGAUUUAUCAUUGAGUUUCAGAUAGGAAAAGCCGAAACAUCAAUGGAAAGUAUUUUUUUCUCUUUGCUUCAUUUUCUAUACAAAGUAAAUUUACUGUCUGAAAAUUAUCGAUUCAGUUAAAUUUUCAUUGUUUUUCAAACUAACUCCAUUAGAAAUUCAAAAAGUCAUGAUUGCAAACAGUUUACAAUGUAAUUCAUUUUAUUUUUAGAUUAUUUCCUUCUAAAUUCCUUUAUAAAAGUUCCUUGUUUUGCUUAAUCCAAGCCAAAAUCAAUUGUAUUUUUCAAGUAAUAAAAAAUAGUCUUUUGCAAUAUUUCUCAGUAAAGAACUAUGAUUAGGAUGAUUCUAAUAUUUACUUCCUCAUUGACACGUCAUUUAGGAUGGGCCGUAACAAUACCUACAGUGUAUUGGAUGAAUAAUUUCAUUUAUUAUAUAGAAAAAUGAAUCUUAGCAGUUCUUAAGGCCGCCCCCCCCCCCCCUCCAAAAUCGAUUUUCGGUAUAGUACGUGGGAGUUUCACGAAGUUUUCUAGGAAUGUUCGGCUCUUAGU